AUGGGGGAGGUCCUAAACACCACCAAAACCAAGCUCAGACUAGGACAUUGGAAUGUGAGGACAAUGUAUGAGACAGGCAAGCUGGCACAGAUAACAUCUGAGAUGAGACAGUUUAAUCUACAUGUCCUAGGAGUGAGUGAAAGCAGAUGGACUGGAUCUGGAAAGAUGAGAACCACCACAGGAGAAACUGUCCUUUACUCUGGUAGAGAUGACAACCUACACCGUGAAGGAGUGGCCAUCAUAUUCAGGAAAGGUGUAGAGCGGUGUCUGUUGGAAUGGAAACCCAUAAAUAAUAGAUUAAUUAGCGCAAGAUUAAAGGGCAAGCACAUCAACACCACAUUAAUACAAUGCUACGCACCAACGAAUGACAGUAACGAUGAAGACAAGGAUAAUUUCUAUAGUCAGCUACAGGCGGAGACAGAGAAAACCCCACGGCACGACCUACUUAUCAUCAUGGGGGACCUCAAUGCUAAGGUCGGAAAGGACAACACCGACUACGAAAGAGUCAUGGGAAAUCAGGGGGUUGGGAAUAGGAAUGAUAAUGGCGAAAGACUGGUGGAGUUCUGUGCUAUGAACAACCUAGUGAUAGGAGGAACCCUCUUUACACACCCUGAUAUCCACAAGCUGACCUGGAACUCACCAAAUGGAAGAGACAAGAACCAGAUUGACCAUUUGAUGAUCAAUGGCAUGUGGAGACGCUCUCUAUUAGAUGUUAGGGUCAAGCGGAGUGCAGACAUAGGCAGCGACCAUCACCUAGUGACAGCACUCAUUAAGAUCAAACUGAAAAAAGCUAAUACUCAAACACGUUUUGACAUACAGAGACUGAGAGAGAACACCGUGAAAGUUGCCUUCAUCAGCGAAUUAAGAAACAGAUUCCAGAUCUUACAAGAUGCAUAUGAUGAAGAUGAGGAGGCCAAUGUGGACAACACCUGGAAGCAAGUGACCCAACUAUACACUGAAAGCAGCAAAAAGAAACUAGGCUUUCGAAAAAGAAACACCAACAAAAACUGGAUCCAGCAGGAGACUCUAAUUGCUAUAGAGGAGAGAAAGAAAAUAAAGAAAAAGAUGCUGCAGACCAAGUCCCCACGACUGCGUGAGAGGCAAGAUGAGCUGUAUGGUGAGGUCAACAAGAGAGUUAAGAAGCUUGCACGACGUGACAAGAGAGAAGCCAUGGACCAACUUGCAGCUGAGGCAGAGAAAGCAGCAGUACGGGGAGAGCAAGGGAGAGUAUAUAAUAUCACGAAACGAGUGUGUGGCAAAUUUAUAGGAAACACAGGAGGACCUAUCAAAGACAAACAUGGAACACUGCUGACAUCAGAAAAAGAUCAAAAAGAGAGAUGGGUUGAACACUUCCGCGAAGUUCUUAAUCGACCAUCACCUGAUGAAGCUGUUGUCGUACCAGAAGCCACAGAGGAUCUGGACAUCGACACUGACCCACCAACUAAGGAGGAGAUAAUGAAUGCAGUCAAGACUCUUAAGAACGGGAAGUCACCAGGACGUGACAAUCUUGAUGCAGAGCUAUUUAAAGCAGAUCCUGGAAUAGCAGCCACCAUCCUCCAACCACUGUUCACAGCUGUGUGGGAUGGAGAGAAAGUACCUGAUGAUUGGUGUAAAGGGGUGAUUUUCAAGAUCCCAAAGAAAGGAGCCCUGAGUGAUUGUAACAACUGGAGGGGAAUCACUCUAUUGUCUGUGCCAAGUAAGGUCCUGGCCAAAAUAAUCAUCAAAAGAAUGUCAGACGUCGUUGAUGCUGUAUUGAGGAAAGAGCAAGCAUGA